AUGGACGUCAACAGUUACAAGGGAGUGGAGAACGGCAAAGUGGCCGUGUCGGAACCGGUGAAAACCCCCGACAAGAAAAAAAUCAUCCUCAAUGCCUUCGUCAUGAACACACCCAACCAUCUCAACCCGGGGCUUUGGAGACACCCCGACAACCAGCAGAAAAACUGGAACGAUCUGGACUAUUGGGUCAAUCUGGCCCAAUUGCUGGAGAAGGGCAAGUUCCACGCCAUGUUUGUGGCCGACACGGCUGGAAUCUACGAUGUUUACAAGUCCGACAAGGAUACUGCGGUCAGGACUGGCACUCAGUAUCCGGUCAACGACCCGCUCUAUCUGGUUCCUGCUCUGUCGCUGGCCACCAAGAAUAUCGGCUUUGGAAUCACCGUUUCCACCACCUAUGACGUGCCCUAUGCUCUGGCCCGUCGUUUUGCCACCGUCGAUCAUCUGUCCAAGGGCAGAGUAGCCUGGAACAUUGUCACGUCGUAUCUGGAGUCUGGUGCUCUCAACCACGGUCUGGACCACCAGGUGCCCCAUGACGAGCGGUACAACAUUGCCGACGAGUAUCUGGAUGUAACGUACAAACUGUGGGAGUCUUCAUGGCGAGAAGAUGCGCUCAAGAAGGACGUGGAGGCCAAUGUUCUUGCCGACCCCGAGCUCGUCAAGUACAUCAACCACAAGGGCAAGUAUUUCAAGGUCCCUGGCCCCGCCAUCACUUCACCCUCACCCCAGAGAACCCCGUUUCUGUUUCAGGCAGGCAUGUCGACGGCUGGUCGCAAGUUUGCCUCCAAGCACGCCGAGGCGGUGUUUGUGGCCGGGCCUACGCCGCAGUUCAUUCGAAAGUCGGUCGAUGAUCUCCGCGAGCAGGUUUCCAAGCUCGGACGAGACCCCCAGAGCAUCAAGGCCAUUCCCGUGGUGUUUGCCAUUGUGGCCGAGACCGACGAGCUUGCCCGACAGAAGUACGAUGACUACUUUUCGUACGUGGAUCCCGAGGGAGCUCUGGCUCUUUUUGGAGGCUGGUUUGGGCUCGAUGUCAGCAAGUAUCCCGACGAUCUGGACCUGCGAAAGGUGACCGAUAACGACACUCUGGUCAAGUCGAUUGAGCAGUGGGCCGCGUCUUCCAACGACUCUGACGGGCUGUGGAACAAGUGGCGGGUGGCUAAGGAGUUUGCCAUUGGAGGCCGAGGCGACGUGAUUAUCGGGUCUCCGGCCACUGUGGCCGAUCGACUGGAGGAAUGGGUGGAGGUGGGCGACGUGGACGGGUUCAAUCUGGCCAACGCCAUCAUUCCAGGCACCUACGAGGCCAUCAUUGAGCUGCUGAUUCCCGAGCUCCAGAAACGCGGUCGGUUCUGGGAGGACUAUGCUGUUCCUGGCGGCACUCUUCGAGAGAACGUUUUUGCCACGCCCGGCCUGCCUCAUCUGCGAGACGACCAUCCCGCCAAAAAGUACACUUGGAAGAAAGACGAGCCGUUUCCGCUGGACGAGGAGGGCAACUUGCGUGAGGGGAACACAUCUGAGGAGACCUCUGACGGUCAGAACAAGCCCGAGGAGGUCACUGGACCAGCUUCUGACGAGCCUGUUGCAAAGAGAGCAAAGGUUUCAGUUUAA